AUGAUUAUUGACGCUGGUCACUGCUAUUGGAAAUUACCUAAGGAUACGGAACCGCCGCUGGUCACUGCCAAUAGACCUACGCCUAAUUACUGGAUUAUAGGGAUCUUAGCUGCAAUGCCUUUCUACUUCCAGCUCUUUGACAACGCGAAUGUAAUUACGAAUACUGAAAAUUACACGCUUAAAAUGGCACUGCUGCGAAAUCACCUUGGACUUUCAAGUUCCCGGUUUGAUGAAGCAAUAAAGUCUGGCACACGGAGCAUAAUGGUUGUACGCCCGAUGAAGUUUUUUUCUGGCACACGGAGCGAGGUUAUGUCCUUGCGACGAUUCUUUCACGGAUAG